AUGAAUAGCCGUGAAGCUGAGACUUCCAAUAAUGUGGUAAUUGGCACUUUUCUUAUACGUUCUUUAUCUGUGAAAGUUUUAUUUGAUUCGGGUGCAUCGCACUCUUUUAUAUCUAAGAUAGUAAUAGAAAGUCUCCAGUUAGAAAGUCCAGAGUCAGUCUCCUUGGAUGUAGCUAUUCCAACAGGGGAAGUUAGGGAGUGUUAUAGACUUUUUAGGAAUAUACCCCUAACUAUUUCAGAAGUAAAGUUUCCAUCGGACCUAAUUGCAUUCGAUCUCAAAGAUCUUGAUGUGAUCGUGGGAAUGGACUGGUUGGGAAAGUACAAAGCCCAGAUAGAUUGUGCAGCACGGAAAGUCACGCUUUAUGGCCCAGCAAAGACCAGAGUGACUUAUAGGAAGGAAGGGAAAAGUCAAGAGAUAAGAAUUAUUUCUGCGUUACAACUUCAUAAGUGUCUCAAGAAAGGGUAUCCGUUAUUCACGUGUAGCCUCCAAGAGAUAAGGGAUGAAGAAGAAAAGAGUGAUACAAAAUUACCUGUUGUGGAAGAAUUUCCCGAUGUAUUUCCUGGUGAAAUACCAGGCAUGCCACCAGAAAGAGAUGUGGAAUUCACGAUUGACUUGGUCCCUGGAACUGGACCUAUUUCCAAGGCUCCAUACAGGAUGACCCCAGCUGAGAUGAAAGAGCUAAAGGCCCAUUUAGAGGAUUUUCUUGAAAAGGGAUACAUUAGACCCAGUUCCUCACCCUAG